AUGCCAGACUAUUACUAUAUGCCUGCGGCACGCAUGGACGUCUGCUCUAGUAGCACAUCAGAUACGUCUGGCAGGGAGCUGAACACAUCAGAUACGUCUGGCAGGGAGUUGAGCACAUCAGAUACGUCUGGCAGUGAGCUGAACACAUCAGAUACGUCUGGCAGGGAGCUGAACACAUCAGAUACGUCUGGCAGGGAGCUGAACACAUCAGAUACGUCUGGCAGUGAGCUGAACACAUCAGAUACGUCUGGCAGUGAGCUGAACACAUCAGAUACGUCUGGCAGGGAGCUGAACACAUCAGAUACGUCUGGCAGGGAGCUGAGCACAUCAGAUACGUCUGGCAGUGAGCUGAACACAUCAGAUACGUCUGGCAGGGAGCUGAACACAUCAGAUACGUCUGGCAGUGAGCUGAACACAUCAGAUACGUCUGGCAGUGAGCUGAACACAUCAGAUACGUCUGGCAGGGAGCUGAACACAUCAGAUACGUCUGGCAGGGUAGAGACAAUGCUGGCCGCCUUUGAGUAUUGCUUUAUAAAUAAACUCUUGCAUUUAAAUAAGAGGCAUAACUCGGACUGUUUCAACACGCGGAGCUCACAGGGGUUCGCAUCCCGCGGGACCACAAACACAUCUCCGGGAGACAACAGCAUCACAUCUCUUGGUCCAGGAGAGAGCAGCAUCACAUCUCUUGGUCCAGGAGAGAACAGCAUCACAUCUCUUGGUCCGGGAGACAACAGCAUCACAUCUCUUGGUCCUGGAGAGAGCAGCAUCACAUCUCUUGGUCCUGGAGAGAGCAGCAUCACAUCUCUUGGUCCGGGGGAGAGCAGCAUCACAUCUCUUGGUCCAGGAGAGAGCAGCAUCACAUCUCUUGGUCCGGGGGAGAGCAGCAUCACAUCUCUUGGUCCUGGAGAGAGCAGCAUCACAUCUCUUGGUCCUGGAGAGAGCAGCAUCAUAUCUCUUGGUCCUGGGAGAGAGCAGCAUCAUAUCUCUUGGUCCUGGGAGAGAGCAGCAUCAUAUCUCUUGGUCCUGGAAAGAGCAGCAUCACAUCUCUUGGUCCGGGAGACAACAGCAUCACAUCUCUUGGUCCUGGAGACAACAACAGCAUCACAUCUCUUGGUCCAGGAGAGAACAGCAUCACAUCUCUUGGUCCUGGAGAGAACAGCAUCACAUCUCUUGGUCCUGGAGAGAUCAGCAUCACAUCUCUUGGUCCUGGGAGAGAGCAGCAUCAUAUCUCUUGGUCCUGGGAGAGAACAGCAUCACAUCUCUUGGUCCAGGAGAGGAAACAGCAUCACAUCUCUUGGUCCUGGAGAGAGCAGCAUCACAUCUCUUGGUCCUGGAGUGAGCAGCAUCAUAUCUCAUAGUCCUGGAGAGAGCAGCAUCAUAUCUCAUAGUCCUGGAGAGAGCAGCAUCAUAUCUCAUAGUCCUGGAGAGAGCAGCAUCACAUCUCUUGGUCCUGGAGAGAGCAGCAUCAUAUCUCUUGGUCCUGGAGAGAGCAGCAUCAUAUCUCUUGGUCCUGGAGAGAACAGCAUCACAUCUCUUGGUCCUGGAGAGAGCAGCAUCAUAUCUCUAGUCCUGGAGAGAGCAGCAUCACAUCUCUUAGUCCAGGAGAGAGCAGCAUCACAUCUCUUGGUCCUGGAGAGAGCAGCAUCAUAUCUCUUGGUCCUGGAGAGAGCAGCAUCACAUCUCUUGGUCCAGGAGAGAGCAGCAUCACAUCUCUUGGUCCUGGAGAGAGCAGCAUCAUAUCUCUUGGUCCUGGAGAGAACAGCAUCACAUCUCUUGGUCCUGGAGAGAGCAGCAUCACAUCUCUUGGUCCUGGAGAGAGCAGCAUCACAUCUCUUGGUCCUGGAGAGAGCAGCAUCAUAUCUCUUGGUCCUGGAGAGAGCAGCAUCAUAUCUCUUGGUCCUGGAGAGAACAGCAUCACAUCUCUUGGUCCUGGUGAGAACAGCAUCCCAUCUCUUGGUCCGGGAGAGAGCAGCAUCCCAUCUCUUGGUCCUGGGAGAGAUCAGCAUCAUCUCAUCUCCGGGAGAGAACACCUUAGUCAACUCCUAA